UUCCGGUCAGGCUGUCAGACAAGAGGGGACAUUUGACAAAUUAAUAAAUAUAUAAUUUCAGUGUUUUCAGUGAACGACCAAUAUACAAUAUAUCAAUUUAAGUAUGCAUCAAGAUUAAAAAUAAAAAAAUAAACAAUCAAAGAGUUCGUACAACAGCGGGUCGUCGUGAAGAAAGAAGAACUAUGAGUGCGUUCACGUGAAAGAAAAAUAACCACACUGGUUAAUAAGCAGUUGUUUUAUGCCAGUCACUGUAAAUCUAUUCGUAGUUUUGUUUCGAUUAUAGCAGUUUAUUGCUUAUAAUUUCACACACUACUUACGAACCGCGAUUUUGUUGGAGCCUCAGAAUGGAACGUAACUUAGAGAAAACUAUGGAUAACGUGACGAAUGUCGAAGGAGUCAUAGGAUGCAUUUUGGCCGAUCGUCAAGGCCUCUGCUUAGGAGCUAAGGGGAGUGCAUCUGGGCAAAGCGCUGGGUUGAUAGCAGCCAUUGCUGAUGAGGUAGCAAAAUUAGAGCCUGAAUCAAACGCACCCAUUAUUGCUUUAGAAAGUGACAAUCGGCAAUGCAUAAUCCAGCGUCAGGGGCCUAUAGUUGGUGCUAUCUACAAAGCUAUAUCACCCUGAAAUCUGAAAUCGACGUUGAGACUUAACAAUGGUUUUUGUACAUGAAUUAAAAUUGAUUCUUUAUGUUUAACAAUAUCUACUUGAAAUACGGCUCAAUGAUGAGUGUCCGUUCUACGUUUGCUGUAAUACUAUAUUUUGUUCAGAUUAAAGAUUAUAUUCUUUGUUUAUUAUAGACAAAAUCUUAUCUUCUAAAAUUCCAUCAAUCAUCACUUGCACAGUUCCAUGACUAUAUACACUCGUAAAAUCAUGUCCAAAAUGAGAGUAAUGAAAUACAUAAUCCAAUUUAGUUGGGUGCAUUUCAAGUCAAGAUUUGAUCAUUCCUAACAUUUCUUCUUCUCAAUUGUACAAGGUGAUACUAGUUUAGUUAUUCUUUUGAAUUUAAGUCUGACCUUGGAAUUUUUUUUAUUUCUAACAUUAGACUUGAUUCUCUGAAAAUGGAACUAUUUUCUUCAAGCUUAACUCGAGUUUUGUUUUUCACCAGAAAACCUGAUUAAGCCAGGUGCGUAUCAAAUUUGCUUUGUCACUUGUUUCUUUGCUUUAGGCUCUCACACUAAAACUCUGCAAGUAUACGCGUUUUCACACUGCCACGAGAGAAUAACCUUCUAUUAAAAUUGUUUUGUUGUCUGAAUUACAAUUAUUAAUAAAUAAUAAGAAAUUCUUAAGAGUAUAAUUGCACACUUUUAAGCGUCCGAUUUUUGUGAAAUUAAGUUGGAGAUAAAAGUGAGAAAAAAAAUUCAAAUGGCUUCGAAUGUAAAAUACUAUGUCCGGAAAUAACGUCACAUUAAUGAACCAAGUCAUGAGGACAGUUGUCAUUUUUACUAUUAACAUAUUGUCUUGUGUAACUAUAUUAUAAAUAAUCUUUAUACAGUCAUAUUACAAACAAUAAAUAAGGACUCAUUGGUCAA